AUGCAUAAAGUCGAGCAAUUAGUGCAAGAUUCUGUAACGGAAAGUGAGAACGAAAUUGAUGAAAUUGAUGAAAUUUCAAGCCAUCAAUCCUAUGAUUUAGCAUCUCAUUCAUUUUAUGAAUCUCAAGAACAGCCUGAAAACUCAAAGGAGUUAUGUUUAAUUAAAUCAGGAAAAGUUAGUUGGGUUUGGGACCAUAUGAAAAAGGAUAAGUCAGUAGGGGAAGUCAGAUGUGAUGUAGUUAUAUUAGUAAAUGGUAAUAAAAAAAAAUGUGAUAGUGUUUUUAGUAUUACAACUUCAACUACACACCUUGGUGAACACCUUAACACAGUUCAUAGAAUUUUUCAUUACCAAAAAUACAAAAAAGAUUUACAAGGGCAAAAAAUAUUAGAAUCCAAUCAAUCAAUUCAAAUAAUACCUUCAAUGCUUGCAAAAAUGGCUAUUGUAGAAGGACAAAAAUUUUGUCAAUUUUGUAAUGAAAUGGAUCCUCUUUUUAAAGUUCCUAGUUCAUUAUUAAUUAGAACCAAAAUUGAAGAAUCUUUGGCAAUUUUUACUAUUGAUGAAUUUUCAUAUUCACACUUAAGAGAAUGUCUUGAACAAUUUUUGUCUAAACUUUUUAAUCAUUGGAAUAUAACAGAUAGCUUAGAAGAUUUGGAAUGGCUAUUAUUAGGUGAUGAUGACUCUGAAUCAGAAUGUGAUGAUCUGUUCAAACUAUUAGCCUGGUGGAACUCCACUUAUUUCAUUUUAAAAAGGCUAGUUCAAUUAGGAGAUCCUGUAAAACAGCUCACAAAAUUUUUAAGUCGUCAUCCAGAUUAA